CUUCACGAGAAACGGAGGAGUGGCAAACUGUUACUCCAUGGAGCUCUCCGCUGUGCUGCUCCUGGCUGGCGCCGCAAUUUGUGCAUCUUUGGGUACCAUAGCUGGGACCCACAGUCUUCACUAUAACCUCACAGUGAGGUCCCAAGGUGGAUCAGUGCAAUCAAGGUCCUUUGCCAAUGGUUAUUGGGACCGUCAGCUCUUCCUUCACUUUGAUAGUGACAAAAAAGAAAGUGCAAAGCCUCAGGGGCCAUGGGCAGAAAAACCUUUGGGAACUGAAAGCUGGGACACAGAGAUCCAGGAGUUGGCAGAGCACAGCAAGAAUCUAAAAGCAACCCUGGCAGAUAUCAAUGCCUGGCAAGAGCAAAAAGGAGGGUCUCAUUUCCUCCAGGAGACUUGGGGCUGCAAGAUUCACAAGGACAACCGCACCAGGGCCUUCUGGAAUUUCUACUACGAUGGGGAGCCCUUCCUCUCCUAUCAUCCAGAGACACACAGCUGGACAGUGGAGCCAUCCUCAGUUCAGAACUUGGCUAUGGAAGUCAAGAAUUCCUGGGAUGCAGAUGGCAUGCAAAGCAAGGAUUACUGGGCCCAAGUGCAGGGAGAGAUUUGUGGAAGACUCAGGAGAUAUCUAGUCUUCUGGAAGGGCUCUUCCUACUCCCCUGGAGCCUCUGCCCAGAGGACCUUGUUGUCCCCAGUAGUGAAUGUGACCUGUGCUGAGGCCCUGGAGGACACCAUCAAUGUGACAUGCUCUGCUCAUGCGGUUUUCCGAGCACUUUGA